UUUUAAUGUAACGCACAGUUUAGUUUAAGAUGUUGACAGAGAUUGGGAGGUUGCACCAGCAACAAGGAGACAAAAACAAAACAAGAAUUGAUAUGCAAAUGAAAACAGUAGUAACCUAUAAAAAGCACCUACCAGGAACUUUUUCAGGAACUUCGUUGGACAACGGAGGAAUCAGAGUCUAAAUGUUCCUGGUGUCAUCCCUGACCAUACAUUAACCACAGUUUAUUUCCCCUCAGCACAGUUAGUAUACCGUAGUUGUCAUGUGUGGAUAUUGUCUAAAAACGUCAGACAAACAAAACGUCAGUGAACCUUCCUCGACAUUGAUUUUCUCCUCAGUAAAAACGUUUCUGGUAUUUUAUAAAUUAUACCGGUAGUUUUUUAAAAUGUUAAACUUUAAGUCAGACAAAAUGUCAAACAAAUAAAAGCUUUUCUACCCAGAGUUGUGUCCCUGUGAGCGUGGAGAAGAUUUUAAAACAGCAUUUACAUGUUACAGAAAGUAAAAAUAAAUACAUUUCUGAAUAAAUUAAAUACAAAAAAAGAAAAAAGAAAGAAAAAUCCAAAUAAUAAUGAUAAAAAAAACAUCGUUUUGGUGGUGGGCGUGCGUUAGGAGGGCUCAUGAAGUCAGUGUCUCAUGCCGAAGGCUCAUGGAGGAAGUAAUCGUUGCUUACAUAGAUUUACUAGUUAUUCGCAGCUGUACAAGGUGUCUUAUGGAUUACUAUAUUAGAAAAUGCAUAAAUGUUGUCCAAAGGUCAGUAUAAAUUAUAAAUACUAUAAAUCAAGGCCUCAGCCUAUGAAGCUGUAGGCUGCCUCAUUAAUCUGAACUACACAGAAACUGCAUGGAUAACCUUCGUAAGGAUUUACAAAUGAAAAGUGUAGGUUCUUGCCUUUUGGAGUUUCGUUAAAAAAAAAAAAAUUCAGACGUUAAAACAUAUUAAAGAGGCUUGAUUUAAUUGAUUUGAUGCACAAUGUUUGGCUAAUUAGACUAUUAGAACAUACAAAACAAAACACAGACUGACAAUAAAGUUCACUUGUAGUGAUUGUCACAUGAAAAACGUCCUUAAAUUACGUCUGAAUGUGAUGUAUAGAAAUUGGAAACUGUGUUGUUGGGAGUAUGGCAUCACACACACACACACACACACACACACACACACACACACUCCCUCCUCCUCCUCCUCUGGAAACCUGUUCUGGAGGGAGUGACUUGAUCCAGGCGGCGUCCAAUUAUAUGGAAGCAGCACUUAUUCCACUUUAUUUCAGGCUACAGUUAAGUGGCUUGAAGCCUUCAGAGACACACGGGCUUGUAGUAUAAGGGCAGAGCAAUAGGCAGAGAGACGGUACCCAUGUGACAUGUGAGCAGAAAGCUAAAGACAAAGGUAGAAAUAUCUACUACACCGGGAGAAGCGUCUGGCGGAGAAGCGUCGGAGGAGACGCAGAGGAUGCUCCAAAUCAAAUCCACGAAGGGCUUUUUUUCUCGUCUGGAAAUUCACGGCUUCAUAUAAAUGAUUCAUUACAGCCUGUUUUCUAUUUCUAUGGGAGUAAUUGCGCUCGCAGUGAGUUUCAGCUGAAGCCGAUCUGCAGAAAGACGCUUGUAAAAAAAAAAAAUAAAUAAAAAAAGAAAGAGAGAGAGAAAAAAAAAAAGGCUGGGAUCUGAGCCUGGAGAGAAAAAUAUAAAGUCAAUUCAUUUUUCUUUUUUCUUUUUUUUUUUAAGGGGGGAGUUUGAUAAGCGUCGCUUUUGAACCUGCACUGGACCCUCAUCUGUCAAAGGGAUCAACUGUUGCUGCAGCCGGAGCCAGCACAGAGACAUUCUCCAAGUGUGUCUGGCUUUCGUAAUGGAUGUUUGACCGUCACUCGGUCCUGCAUGCAGCCACACAGCCGGUGUUGUGCAAUUAACAUGGAAGAGAGACUGAUACUGUUGUUGAUGCCUCGGAUACACCUUCAUCUGUCCUGAUGUGAAGCCACAUUGUUGCACUGAGGAGAAUGAUAAUAUCCCACACCGCUGCCGGCUUUUUCAUCCUGGUCGAUCACCUCUCUGUGUGAAACUAAACAUUUAGAUUCUGUUCUCUUUGUACAACAGAGCAGUUUUUUUUUUUAGGGGGGGGCAUUUGAACUCACUGGCAGACAUCAACAUUGACAAGCUUUUUUUUGUUAUAGUGACCUUGCCCGGUUUUGACAUCUAUUCAGCGGGAGAUCAACAUGCUGAUGAUGAUGGAGAACAGCGGUAUGGACGCGCAUCAGGUUGAUAUCGAUUCGGAAUUUGAGCCUCACAGCCGGUCGCGGUCGUGCACCUGGCCGCUGCCGUGUCCGGAGGAUUUCCCCGGGGGAGAAGAGGCGAACCGGGGUCUGGCCCUGGCAUCGGUCAAAGUGGAGCAGUACAACGUGCCCGCAUGCCGGGCCGAGAGAAAAGGCGGCGCACCGGCGGAGAUCAAGCAUCCAGCCGGCGCCCCGGCCCCGGUCGUGGCCGCUCCUGCCUGCAUGUCCGGGGCAGCGCUCGACGUGGCCGGCCAGCUGCGCAAAGCCAAGUCCUCCCGGCGGAACGCGUGGGGGAACCUGUCGUAUGCAGACCUCAUCACCCGUGCCAUCGAGAGCGCCCCGGAAAAGAGACUCACCCUGUCCCAAAUUUAUGACUGGAUGGUUCGCUUUGUUCCUUAUUUCAAGGAUAAAGGCGACAGCAACAGUUCAGCCGGAUGGAAGAAUUCAAUCAGACACAAUCUGUCCCUGCACAGUCGCUUCAUACGGGUGCAAAACGAAGGGACGGGGAAGAGUUCCUGGUGGAUGCUGAACCCAGAAGGCGGGAAAAUGGGAAAGGGGCCGAGGCGACGCGCGGCCUCCAUAGACAACGGCACCCGCUACCUGAAGACCAAGGGUCGCAUCAGCCGGAAGAGAGCCGGGGCUGUGGGCCUCGGACGGGGACAAGGUCAGGGGGGCGGACCCGCAUUACAAGGCUCCCCAGAGCACGGCAGUCCGGCAGGGAAAGGAGGUGUGGGCAUUGGGGGCGAGGAGUACGACACCUGGACAGAUCUCCACUCCCGCACCUCCUCCUCUGCCUCCACGCUGAGCGGCUGCCUGUCCCCGAUCCUGGCUGAGGCGGAGGCCGACGAACCGGAGGAGGGCGGGCUGUCCUGUUCGGCCUCCCCUCGACUGUACCCCAGCCCCACCAGCACCCGUUCCCCGGCCCUGGGAACCGGGGGCCACUGCCCCACCGUGGAACUGCCCCAGCUGACUGACCUGACCGGGGCUAUCAGUCUAGAUGAGAGCGGCUACCCCCAGCCGCCGCAAAUCAAAUGCAACAGUUAUCCCUAUGUGCCUGGGCCCAAGGCAGAGGGCUCGUACUGCGGGCCCGUGUACGGACAGCCUUCUAUGGGCAUGCUCCGGCACCACACCCCCAUGGAGACCAUCCAGGAGAACAAGCCAGUCAGCUUCCAGCGCCCGAUGAGGGGCUACUCAGAGAACAAUGCCCUGCAGAGUCUGCUCACCGGAGGUCCCUCGUACUGUAACAAAGACACAGUGCUGAGCCAGGGGCGGGAAACACACACACUAAUAACACAGGGAACCAACGGCGUUCACAGCCAGCACAGCCACAAUCAGAACCGCAGCCACAAUCACAGCCAAGAGCACGCUCACAAUCCCAGUCUACACAACGGCCACGGCUCCGUCCAUGACCAGAACACAACCCACCAUCAGAACCACAAUCAGGGUCACAAACACCAAGCCAGCCUCGACUACAGCCACAGCCACAAGCCCCUCCCCGCGCACGACUACGGCCCGGGUCACGAGCACGGUCACAGUAACAAAGUGAACCCCAGCCACGACCACAACCCUCGCUCCGGCCAGAGUCACAUGCACAGCCACAACCCCCAUAACCCUAUGCACAGCGGGCCUCACCCGCAGGCCCUCUCCCCACGGGUUAGCACCGACAUCCUGCAGCCCUACAGCCUCAAAACCUCCAACCACUACGGGCCCCGCCCCCACCUCCCGACGUCGCCGUCCCUGCCGCCCAACCCCGCCGGCGUCAUGGACGUUCCCCAGGACCCCUGUCGCCUGGCGUCCGCGCCUCACCCCCGUCACCAGCCUUACCCGGGAGCCCACCAUCAGGGCAUGACUGACUCCUGGCAUGGCUACUACCACAACAAUGCCGGUUACCAGGGGCAACAGCACAACUCCCACAGCAGAAUGGCCGCCACCCUGGAGAUGGAGAACAUACCCAAUAGCCUGGACUGUGACGUAGACUCCAUCCUGCUCAAUGACUUCAUGGAGACGGAGAGCAUGGACUUCAACUUCGACGGCUCUCUGUCGCAGGGCGUGGGCAUGGGGAUGGGCAUGAGCUUAGGGGCGUUCGCUUGCCCGCCGCCGGCACACAGUAACCAGAGCUGGGUGCCGGGGUGAACCCAAGGCGUCCUGUAUGGGUUGUGGAUAAGACACAUGACUGGAAAGCUCGCCAGGCUGCUGGGGGGAGGGGAGGGGGGGGGG